AGCAGCAGCAGCAGCAGCGCUGCUGGAAGCUCGGAAUACGAGAGGACGAAAAAGGACUACAGGACUUCAGGACUACAGAAUGAGAGACAAGUUGCAGGCUGCUGCUGAUUCGCGUCUAUGGUGAAAAUUCAGUCAGAACGGGAACGUCGUCGCGAGCUGUGUUGGUAGCGCUCUCUGGCCAAAGGCAACAGCAGAAAAGAAAACGCUGGAUUUUUGUGUGACGUGAACGAGCGCCUCAGCUAAGGAAUAGUCAGACUGGCUGGCCCAUAGUUUUUUUCCUUCCGCAACAAGGACUCUCCACGGGCAAGGAGCCGUGUGUCUAACGCGAGUGUUCCGCCGCCGCCGUCGCCGCCAAUCAAAUUAAAAUCAAAAUCAAAAUCAAAUUAAAAAUAAAAAUAUAUAUAAUUAUAAUCAACCAUCACUGCUACAUCCCUGCUAUGUCCUGGGGAUGUAACAUACCAUAAUAAAUGACUGCGCCGCAAAAUGAGCUUUUAGUUUAAUUAAUCAAAUGAAUAAUAAUCACCAAUAAAUAGUUGAAGCAAAAGUGCACAAAUAAAUGGCGGACUAACGCCGAUGCAUGGGCCAUUGAGUGAAGGAGCCAAAGGACGAGGACGAGGACGUGGACGUAGAGGAGGACCUGGACGAGGUAGACAAGGAAGAGUAUCCCCACUGGCCCAUUGCCAAUUGCGUUGUUGUUGCCACCACCGCCGCCGUCGCUGCCGCUGUGAUUCAUUCUGGCCGCCCAACAAGGCAACAAUAGCAGCGAACGCGGCGAUCACAGUGGCAACCAGGUCGGUGGUGCACCGCCAGUUCCCGGAGGAGGUGGAGGAGGAGGAGGUGGUGGAGGAGGCAGUGCAUCCCGUGCCGCAAGCGAGCUUGAACGAGGAGGAGGUGCUGGAUCUGGUGGUGGAGUUGGCACUGGAGCUACUGGGGGAGGUGGUGCUGUUGGAACCGGAAGUGGAACUGGAAGUGGAGUCGGUAGCGUUAGUGGCAACGGAGCGGACGGCAGCAGCGACGGCGAUCCCAAAAAGUCCUUCUCGCUGCACUGCUGUUGCGUGAUCGUCGACAUCACACCCGUGGCGCAUCCAGGAGGACGCCUGACAUCGGCAACAACGGCCUCGGGAAGGGAUGCGGGCGGAGCCGCCGCUUCAGGUGGCAGUGGCGGUGGUGGUGGCGGCCUGGGCCUCGGCCUCGGGGAGAAUGUCUCCCAGCUGGCCAGCCAACUGUUUCGCUUCGGCAGCAAAAAGCGCACGGGCGUCUGCAUCUGCAACGCCCAGUGCCGGCUGCAAACGCUGGGCGAAACGGGCGGCAGCCUGGAAUCGGCCGCCAUCAAGACCCAUCACGGCUCCCUGGAUCGACUGCUCCAGAAGGGACAAGCCACCGUUGGAGGUAAAGAGGGAGGAACUGGCGGCGAACGUUCGAUAAGUUGGGUGGUGGAUGGCGGGGCGGCAGGAUCAGGGGCUCUGCUCAACGCCUCCUCCGACGAAAGCGACGACAAGAAGAAGAAAAUGGAGGAUCAGCCACUGCCCCCGCCCCGCCCCCCAUCUCGAUCACAUAGCAAGCCCACUGCCAAGGAGGAAUUCGAUCGCGGAGUGGAGGUGGAGAAGUUCUAUCAUCAGAUCAAUGGCGACAUCUUCGAGAUAACGCGCCGAGUUCGGGCGCGAGACGAGGAGACGAUGGAACAGAAGUGCAUCCGGCGGAAGGGGUCAGUCCGGCUGACAGAACCCACUGCCAGCGGUGGCCACGCCCACGUCCGGAUCGAGCAGCGACCCCAACUGCCGCCCAGGCGCCAGAAGAGCGCCGAGGAAGUGGCCACCAUGCCGAAGAGUGCUCUGCGCCAGGCGCCCGAGCAGCUGGAGUGGUUCGAUCGGCGGGCCCAGCAACGUCACUCCGCCCGAUCCGCCGAAGGUGGCCAGGUCCGCGAGGAGACCAUGGAGUGGCUGAAGCUUCAGAAGACUGCCAGUCCCUCCCAGCCGGUGCGGACAUCCUCGGGCCCCAGUGAGAUCACCGUGCUGAAGGACGAGCUCCCCGACUGGCUGCUGGAGCACUUGCCGCGCAAGAAGGAACGGGACAGAGAUCACCUGCCCUCGGACGCCGGCAAGGGAGUGGGCUCGGCCUACGCCAAGGCCCUGUCGGAGCUGCUGAAGAAGCCACUGUCCCGGCAGAGCUCCGGACCGUGCGAGUUCUCGCUCCUGAAGACCGACAUCGUGGAGUGGCUGACCAAAAUGCAGGCCAGCUCUGGGCCGGAACGGGGGAAGUCCCGUCGCUCGCAUCAUCGUCGGAACGGCAGCGGCGGGGAUGCCCAGCCGCGGUCCAACUCCCAGGAGGAUGCCCAGGAUCUCGCCAAGGCCAGGCAUCGGAAGAGGCACUCCCUGGGCCACAGUGGUGCCACCAGCGAAGAGGAGCAGCAGCAGUUAACAGCCGACUGGAUAGCCUACCCGCUGCACAAGUUCCAGUCUCUGGGCAAGCAGCCGCUUUCCAGCCAGGUCACUCCCGGCGGCGUCAACAUUCCCAGUGGCUAUGCGGUGCCCAGUGCUCUGUCCCACACGCCGCUGUGUCAGCGGCGGGAGGAGCGUUCCCGGGAGCGGAGGCUCCGCCACUCGGCCAGCGAGGUGGUGGGCAGCGGAGGCGGAACGUCCAGCACCGCCCACCUGGAACGACUCUACGCCAAGCCGCACAAGGAGCGGUACCAGUACGUGCCAAAGACCAGCAAGGAGUCCACCAGCGGCGGGAAGAGGGAGCGUUCGCGACGCCACCAGACCCAGAGAUCGGCCACAGUGUCCGACAUGUCCGCCCAGCGUUCCGGCGGCCACAAACGCAAGUCCUCGAGUGCGGAGCGGGCGCCCCGAUCGCCAUCGCCGGGUCCCUGCACCGAUCCCGACUGUCCACUGCUGCCCAUUUGCACGGAUCCGCACUGCCGCUACCAGGAGUGCCAGGCGCGCCAGUGCCUCACGUCGUCAGUUAGCUCCGUGAACCUGGCCCGGCACCAGCAACUGGCCCAGGUCCAGCUCCACACCGUGCCGGCCCAUUUGAUGGGCCCCGCCGGCAGCGGAGUCGGUGGCUUGGGCUCCGAUGUGCCCACGACGCCUUCCACCACGGCCACACCGCCGCCGCCACCACCGCCCGCUGGAACGGUCUUAACGGGAACGGGAACGGUAACGAGACCCAGGCCGAGUGAACGGCGGCUGGUCAUCUGCCACGAUUGCCGGUCGUGCGCCCCGCUCCACAGCUGCCAGAAUCGCAAAUGCCUCAACGCCGCCAAAUGCAACUCACUGCCUCGCUGCGCCGCCGACUUCAACCGCCUGCGCACCCAGCUGGCCCAGCCCCCUACCACGCUGGACGACAUCGAACCGGCGCCCUUGGACCUCGACCUAGAGAUGCAGCCACUGCCCUCGCCGCCACACCCCCAUCCGCAUCAUCACUAUCGCAGCAACUCCCAGCCAAAUACUUUGCAACGCGGCGACUCGGCCAGUUCCGCCAGUAUGGCAGGAAUUGGACCAGUGGUCCGAGGAGACGAAGGAGGAUUGAGAGGAGAAGGAAGAGGUGCCGGCCUAUCCUGGCUGGAGCCAACAACCACACUAGUGCAACCACUGCCCGCCUACGUGCACCACCAUUCCAAUGGCAAGCUAAUGAAAUCCGCCUCGGCUGCUUCGCUCAACUCCCGUCGACGGCGCCACAAAACGGUGCACUUCGGCGAGAAUCUGCUCCGGGAGGUAUGCCAGAACCGGAAACUCAUCAAAACGGAGACCCAAGUACCCUCCGGGUCGGCGCCCAUGAAGGCCAACAUCCAGAUGCUGUACAACUUCGUGGAGGGGGUACUCAGUGCCUGGGUGGACGAUGACGAGGAUCAGGUGCGUUCCGGUGCCGAAUCGGAGCCGGAGCACGGUAUGGUGCCGAUGCAACCGAUCCACAGAUGCAACCGGUUGCGGUAUCAGUGCAUCCGGCGGGUCGUCGAGGAGGCCGCCGAACUCCAGGGCACCCUGAAGCUGGGCAACUCCCGGUACCGGCAUCGCCAUUGGCGGAGCACCGCCAAACAGUGCAACGAAAUGUUCCUUCGCAAGAUUUCGGACGAUGAUCGAAUGAGCCUAACUACCGCCGUUUCGGAUGAAGAUGAUGGCGAAAGUGUCAUGGCGUCACCAUACAAAGCAAAGGCCACUGGCACCGCUGCAUCCUCCUUCAAUUGCACGGGAGCUGUUCGCAAGGCAGGCUUCCUAUCGGUAAAGAAAUGGUUACUACGCAAAAAGCACCAGAUCGAGCUGGCUCGGAAGCGCGGCUGGAAGGGCUACUGGGUGUGCCUCAAGGGCACCACCCUGCUCUUCUAUCCGUGCGACUCCCGGGAGGGCAGGAGCGUCGAGGCGGCGCCCAAGCACUUGAUUAUCGUGGACGGUGCAAUUAUGCAACCGAUUCCGGAGCAUCCAAAGCGCGACUACAUCUUCUGUCUGAGCACAGCGUUCGGCGAUGCCUAUCUUUUCCAGGCACCUUGUCAGGUGGAGCUGGAGAACUGGGUGAACAGCAUCCAUAGCGCCUGUGCCGCCGCAUUUGCCCGCCACCGUGGCAAGACCGGCACCCUGCACCUGCUCCAGGAGGAGAUAUUUCGGCUGGAAAAGGCCAUUGAGUCGGAUCACAAACUGAAACACAUGGCCGAGCUACAGCAAUCAGUUGUCACCGAUCAGGAGACGCGUCAUCAGAUUCAGACGCAGAUACUCCAGUGGGAGGAGAACCUGGAGAGGCUGCACUGCGAACAAUUCCGACUGCGCUGCUACAUGGCCUCGCUGCAGAGCGGUGAGCUGCCCAAUCCGAAGUCGCUGCUUACACACGUGUCGCGGCCCACCAAGAACACGCUGAACAAGCUGGGAGUGUUCACGGUCUCCUCGUUCCACGCCUUCAUCUGCGCUCGCUCGCCGUCGCUGCUCAACAACCUGCUGGCCGGACGCGGCGCCACCAAGCGGCGUCCACCGAUGCUUUCCCGCUCGAACAGCGGUUCCAGUCGCCGAUCCAUGCAGAUGAAUUCACGUGACGAACCGGAAAAAACUUUCAAAGUUGCAAUGCCCGACAAUGCUUACUCGACAGUUUAUCUACGUGAUGCCAUGUCUGUGGAGGAAUUCCUCGCCAGCGCCUGCGCCCGUCGCAACCUCAAUCCCAUGGAGCACUUUGUGCGCGUCAAGAAGCGACGUGACAUGGAGGAUCACAAUUACUUUGUGCCGCAUCGCAACGAUCUGAUUGAAAAUUAUCUACAUAAUCACGAGUUCGUGGAGGUCUGCAUGAAGAUCCUGUACCAGGUGGAGCUGCAUCGCGCCACCCUCGAGCAGAUGUGGGGCUUCUCCGUGGAGGCGGAACUGAUCGAGAACGCCGAACGGCAGGACGAGCUCUGCUGCUACGUCAGCCGGGUGGAGGACAAGAGCGUGGCCAUGCACAAUGGCAUUAUCAAAGGAGACGAAAUAAUGGUCAUCAAUGGGGCAAUUGUGUCCGAUCUAGAUAUGAUGUACUUGGAGAGUGUCCUGCAGGAGGAACAAUCGCUCAGCAUGAUGAUGCGGUCUUCCCGCACCGAGCCCCCAGAUCUAGUGGGGAUCAUGCGGGUUACUGACGAUAUGAUUGAUUCUCUGGUGUGCCCGCCCCCGCCCACGGAUCCGCCGGUGAUGAGCGAGGAGAUGAUAACUGGACUGAUUGUUCCGGCCCCCGGUUGGAAUGGCACUAGCAAGGAUUUGUACUCGCCGGAGGCGGAGAGCUCCCCGGCCCCCUCGUUCAUGGAUCCUGCCGCCAUGGCCGCUCAGCUGGCUGUGGGCGGGGUCGUGGGCGUGGGCGGUGGCGGAGGAGUCGGCGGUGCAGGCGGCAUGAUGGUUGGUGGACUGGGCGUGGCCAAGCCCACAUCCCGGACGAGCAGCUUUGAGAUUGAGAAUCUACUGAAGACCGCGGAGCAAGUUACCGGAUUUUGUCGUUCACCCCAGGAAACACGCAAAUCGAGCCCCACCGGCUCGGUCACAUCAUCGGUCUCGACCACGGCAUUAACCCCAUCACGGCAGCUGACCGAUGCGGAGAAGUUGCGCAAAGUCGUCAUGGAAUUGGUGGACACGGAACGGACCUACGUCAAGCAUCUGAACAAUUUGCUGGAACACUAUCUGGAGCCGAUGAAACGCGAGACAUUCCUCUCGAAUGCCGAGAUAAACGCUCUUUUCGGAAAUAUCCACGAGAUCGUAACAUUCCAGCGGCAGUUCCUGCAGAACCUCGAGGAGUCCCUCGAUCUGGAGCCGGAGUUCAACAAGUUCGAGCACUGCGGACAGUUCAGGAAUGUAUUGUUCGCGAUUGGAUCGGCCUUCCUGUACUAUGUCAACCACUUUAAGCUAUAUUCCUCGUUCUGUGCCAGCCACAGCAAGGCGCAGAAGGUCCUGCAUCCAAAUGAAGGCAAUCACGCCCUGCAGGAGUUCCUUGCUGCCCGCAAUCCCAAGCAGCAGCACAGCAGCACCCUGGAAUCGUAUCUGAUCAAGCCCAUUCAGCGCAUCCUCAAGUAUCCUUUGCUACUGCAGCAGAUGCGCAAUCUAACCGACUCCCGGGCCGACGAGCACGUUCAUCUAUGUGAGGCUCUCAAGGGCAUGGAGAAGGUGGCCGAGCACAUCAACGAGAUGCAGCGCAUCCACGAGGAGUACGGAGCCAUCUUCGAUCACCUGUUCCGACAGCACCAGAAGUCCUGCAAGCAGCCCAUCGACCUGAGUCCAGGAGAUCUCUUGUACUAUGGCGGCGUGGAAUGGCUUAAUAUUUCCGAUUUUCUGGGCAAGAUCAAGAAGGGUCUGGAACUGCAUGCCAUGUGCUUUGUUUUCAAGUCGGCGGUGGUGUUCCUAUGCAAAGAGCGACUGCGUCAAAAGAAGAAGCUAAUGGGAGUAUCCAGCAAGAAUGCCACUAAUGAGGUGGAGAUCAUACGCUACCAAGUGCUCAUUCCGGUCACCGAAGUCCAGGUCCGCGCCAGCUCGGCCAAGGAUAUGGACUCGCACUUCCUGUGGGAGCUCAUCCAUCUGCGCUCCCAGCUACAGCGCCGUUCCGAGAAGGUCUACGUGCUGUCCAACAGUACCGCUGAUUUUAGGAACGCCUUCCUGAAGACCAUACGCCAGAUAAUACGGGAGAGCGUCCGGAAUAUGUCAAUUCCGAUGAAGAACUUUGGCGGCAGCUCCGGCUCCGUCUCCGGCCACUCCUCCCAGGGCGGCAUGGGUGGCAUGGGCGGCUAUGCCGGCAACUCACAGACUCUGGAGCGACCCAAGCAGCAGAUCACCAUAGUUCAUGGAUCGCACACUCUGGGCAAGCCGAAGAAGAAGUCCGGAUCGCAGCGCCACUCGGCUGGGAACAUCGACUAUGACAACUUGUCGGGCAGCCAGGAGGCUGACGACUUGCCGCCCAGCGUCGGCGUUGUCCACUAUGGCGCCGCCCACGUGCAGCAGAUGCCGCCGACAGGCUUCCGAGGUCGCAGCAAGACGGUGGGCGAUGUGACAGAAAUCACUUGCUCCUCCUUAGAUCCCCAUCAGCAGCAGCAGCAGCAACAGCAGUUACAGGCUCAGCCAGACCACGCCCACGCCCACCCCCGCCCCCAUCCACAUCCAAGGGAGCCACCGCCACCACCCAUCCGGCAGCCGCAUCUGCACCACCACAGCUCGGACAUCGAACGGAUCGAUCCGGGGACGAAGUCAGAGGGCGAGGAGGACUCGCAGCAGGGCACAAUCAGGCCCAAGGCCACCCUGGGGCGCACGCCCAAUCACCUGACACUGAGCACCACAUCCACGCUCUCGGUGGGCAGCACCGGCAGCCAGGCGCGCCUGAUACAAUCGUCGCACCCGCCGGCCAGCUACCAGCCGGUGCUGAUGAAGGACCUAGGGUCCCCGGUGUGGAAACCACGAGACAUGAUAAAUUUAGGCACAGAUCCACAGUCAACAACCCGCAAAGACGAUGUGAAAAAUUAAAUCAGAAAAAGCAAAACAAAACAUUUAGUAUCAAGCUAAGCAAGCAUAAGAACUCUUAACCCAGCAACUUCAAUACCUUUGUUCAAUUUUCUUGUAACUUUUAACUAAUCAAGUGUAAGGCAACAGCAUCAGCAAAAAGCAGAAAGCAAAAAACCAAUACCAAUACCAAAAAGCAACAGCAACUGUUUAAAGUUCAAAGCAAAGCGAAGCGAAUCCAAAGCAUUUUUCAAGCUCAACUCGACGAUACGAAGAUGCAUUUUUGAAUCAUCAUCGAAUCAGGUCCAGGCCAUCGGUGAAUGGAUGUGGUUGGCUUUUGAAGAAUGCUUGGCUUCGGUUUGUUUCAUCUCUUUUUAAAAAGGAUACAACAUCGAAGAGUUUUUUUGUCGUACUUACGUUUACAUUUUUAACAAGAAACAAAAAAAGAGAUACUCGAUAUCUUUUUUUUUAGAAACAAAUGAAUAUUUAACAUAAAAUGGAAACCCAAAAGAGAAGACUUUGAUUUAUAUUGAUUGUAUUUAAAGUGCAAAACGUAUAAUAAAAGCAUAAUUAAAGCGAAGGAUUUUGAGCAGAUUUAAUAUGAACUAAGGAAAAAGAUUAAACAAGAUUAAGAAAUACGAGAACAAAUUCAAAUGCAUUUGUCGCUGAAAAGACUUGAAAGUAAAUUUCGAUUUAAAUACAUACAUUUAUUGAGAAGUAGACGAUGACGGAACAGUCACAGAAUCGAGAAGGGAAACCCGUAAAAAAAACAAUUGAAACCAUUGUAUUUAGGCUUAGAGAAUUUAAAUUUAAAAAAUGAAAUAAUAAUAAUAAUAAUAAAACGAGCAAAGAAAGUUGCGAAAAGUAAUAAUGUCAAAUGCAAAAACAAGAGAAAACCAAAAAAAAGGGUUACAUGAAAAUUUUAGAAAAUUAAGCCACAAUACAAAAACACACACUGACGAACACUGAAAGAAAUCAACACACUCGUAAUCGUAAUUAAACACAGAAUUAAAAUGAAAGCAGCAAUGAAAAAUGUUUAGUUUGUAGGAAGUACACUGAAAACAAUGCGUACGGAUACCAUACAAAAACCACAUACACAAAAUAGCAAAAAUUUAGUCAAAAUGUUAAAUGGUAAACAAAACAAAAAAUACUAUAAAAAACAAAUACUAACACUAAAAAAGAAAAAUGCAAAAAUUCCAAACAAUUAAAUUGGGCUCUCAAGCCUUCAAGCAAAAACCAAUCAGUAAGUCACAGAUGAACAAGAAACCAAUUCAAACUCACGUUAAAGGGGAAAACACACACACAAAAAAUAAAAUUAAAAAAUUUAUAAAAACAAGAAGAAAAUAUAUAAGCAAUCACGCAGACCCAAGGCAAACCCCUUUAGAAGAAUUACAAUAAUAAUUAAUGAACUUCACUCCAAACAUUUAAAUGGAAAAAAAAGGAACGCCAAUCAAGAAAGGAAACAGAGUUAUAGAGAAUCCCAGAUCCCGACCCACGUCCCAUAGACAAAGGCACACUUUUUGAGAACUCAAUUACAAAUGCGUUGGAUUUAUCUCAAUCUCAGUCAAUACACUAUGGUUUUCAUCUUUCGUAGGACGAAUUUUUAGCAAAUGAAGUAACAAAAAGAACUCAAAUUUGUAGUCAAUAACACAAUAAAAAUUCUACCGUAUCGGAAAAUAAUAAUUAAUUGGUUGUGAAUGCAGCUUGUAUGUGUUAAUUCGAUUCAGGAACAAAGAAAUCCCCAGAAUUGCUGAACAUUUUUUUUCUCUAUUUUUUUUUGUCAGUGCACUUACAGACAUUAUUCGCGCCCAUUCAUAAUUGAGAUCCCCGAAAAUUCCAUUGAACCAUAUAGCAACAAAUCGAAACAUAAUCAAAACAUUUUUUAGGUUUCCAAUCAAAUUGAAUUAAAAAUAUACAAAAUGAAAACCUUAAUUAAACAAAACGAAAUUUAACUAAUAGGAUGAUUAACAAUUGAAACUACAGACCAUAGUAAGCUAAAAAAAAGAAUAAAAAUAAAGAAAAGUGGAGUAAAUAGAAAUUCUAAAUGUAUACAACUGUCUAACGAUAGAUUUUUCGUCCUCGGAUGAACGCUAAUCAAACACAGGACGAACCAGGAGAAAUUUACCAAAUACCAAAUCACAACAUUUUAACAUAAUUUUUACAGUUUGUAUAAGUUUGACAGACGUAAAAUAAUUAAUAAUAAUUAAUAAAAAAAAUUAUAAAAAAAGAAAGAAAAAAAAAACAACAGAAACUCAACCAGAGACGAAGCAGUCAGUUGGAAGACUUUAGCAAAAUGAAAUAGUUAAAUUAUGAAAAUCAUUUAAUGGCGAAUGAACAAAAGACGAAAGGACAUUCGAAGCGGCGUGAAACUUUUUGUACGCAUUUGACUAUUUUUAAUGCAUUUUUAUUAAAUAUAUUUAUAAUAUAUACAUAGUCACUAUUGUACGAAUGUUUGAGAGCCAAACAAAGUGUAAUUAUUCAAUUAAGUUCACGUGCACACUGAAUUGCACUGAAAUCUCUUUUAACAAAUUGUUAUCGUAUGUAUUUACUUUGUUUGAGAAAUAAUUGUUAGUUGUCUCUUAUCACUUUCCUUUUGGCAAAAGCAGGCAAGACAGGAGAUUAGAUAAGGGUAACGAUUGCAUAUUGAAUCCCAUUUACAAGUCAGCGAGUUCAUAAUAAAACAAAUCCAAUAACAAAAGCAACACUGGAGAACGAUUCUAGUUAUUAACAAUAAAAAUCAGUAAAAAUAAAAUCAUUAAAAAUCAAUUUUUAUUGUAAAACAUAAUUAGCAGCUGCAACAAGACACAAAAAAAAAAACAAAAACAAAUAAAAUAAAAAUCAUGCAAUGGAUGUUAAUACUUUUUGAGAACAAAACGAAAAAAAAUGAAAAUGCAAGAAAUACACAAUGAUUAUACAUACAUUUGCAAAUGCAACUUAACACUCAACGUAAGGAUAGUGAAAAUGUGUGACAAACGAUUAAAUUACGACAUCCUUUCGAAGUGAAUACAAAACCAAAAAUAAAUUGUGAAAUUUAAAAACCA